AUGCGGAAACUUGAUGAGGGACGUAAGUCCCGUGCAGGUCUGCAUUUGCAACGUGGCCUUCUCAUAGCCUUCACGGCUCUCAAGGCGCGACAAAUACUCUGGGGAAAUCCCUGUCUGUCCCAGAGUGUCGAUGAUUCUCAGCUCCAUCCAGAACCAUUCUCAGUUCCGGACGAAGAACUCAGGCCUCCUUUACCGUGGGAGGACCUAGAAUUCAACGGACUUAACAACAACAGUGCAUUUUCGCAGCCCUCGGAGACUGUACCGAGGGAGCCGGUCUUUCCAGUCCCACUUCCUCUAAUUUUUUCGGAGGAGAACCCAAGUCCCCAAGUUAUCUCUCCGUUUUCUGCUGACCCCGAAACAGGUAAGCCUUUUUGCGCCCUCCCGAUGUCUCUCCUACUUCAUGCCCUCAUGUUUCAUACCCGACGAAUUAAUAAUUUGUGUGGGAGUCAGUACAGCCGUCUGGUCGUGUUCUUCCAAAGGGUCUCAAUAGUCCUCGUUUAGACGUUUCGAAGGCUCCCCCAAUUCCGCAACUUCUUUACUGAAUGCGGCAGAUGGCACUGGGGCCGAAUGGUUCCGACCGCCAAGGUAGCCCUGUAGGAAGGUAGAUUUUUUCGUUGGAUCGGAUCAUGGCGCCGAUUUUGGAGCAUUGUCUAAGCCACUUUCCAAAUACUGAUGCAUCUAUGCCCCAAGUCUAAUAACAAGUGAGCUGGAAUAGGUAGCAUGAGGUGUUCACGCAAUCGACGUAAGCGGGCCGCUGCCAGCGUCCACUAUGUGCGGCUUUCUCGGUCAAAGUACAGUAGAUAUGCUAACUCAUGAAAUGUCAACCAAAAUUUCGAAAUGCGUUUUCGUUCCGAAAAGAUAAAUUGAGUAGUGUUCUAAAACUUAUCAUGAUGCAGCAUAAAUCUAUAAUGAUGCAGUUACCUCAGGGUGCCGGCUUUCGAAAGAACUUACUUUCGGCUGCAUGCAAGCUCUAUAUUCUGCAAAAAAUGACUACUUAAGUAGCAUGCAAAUUUCUCAUUGAUUUUCGAUGCCCUUGAAAAUUCAAUUAUAUUAUAUGGAAGACGUGCAUAAAAAUAUUUAUUCUUCUACCUAUUCGGUAGAAAAUCACGUCUUCGUCCAAUUUCAUACUCAAAAGAAGAGUAUAAUUCGGUUUUAAAAAACUUUUCUAAUUCCCGAAUAAUCUACAACCCGACCUGUUGUUACACUUGCAUUCAGGGUUUUAAAACUACAAGCUGUAUAUUUUCCGUGUACGGAAAACCAUGCAUUUCUCUACGGUGUUAAGAGGAGACUAUAUGAAGUUCAUAAAAUAAAGCAGUGGAUUUGAUCAAUAUUGUUGACUUUACAAGCCAUAUUCGUAAAUGCAGAUACAUGACGUUUCAUGAACGGCCAUUUAACGGUAUUAAAAAAUCUCACAAUUAGAAACUUUUUUAAGACCGAAUUAUACUCUUCUUUUGAGUAUGAAAUUGAAAGAAGACGUGAUUUUCUGCGGAAUAAGUAAAAUAAUGAAUAUUUUUAUUCAUUUUUUCCAUAAAAUAUAAUUGAAUUUUCAAGGGCAUCGAAAAUCAAUGAGAAAUUUGCAUGCUACUUAAGUAGUCAUUUUUUGCAGAGUAUAGAUCUUGCAUGCAGCCGAAAGUAAGUUCUUUCGAAAGCCGACACCCUGAGGUAACUGGAUCAUUAUAGAUUUAUGCUGCAUCAUGAUUGGUUUUACAACACUACUCAAUUGAUCUUUUCGAAACGAGAAAGCAUUUCGAAAUUUUGGUUGACAUUUCAUGAGUUAGCACAUCUACUGUAGGUUGUACUUUCUGUGAGUCAAUUCAGCUGAGUGGCAUUUGCGCAGGAACAACUGAAGGGAUGAGGACGCCUGACUUAAACUCACUAGAUUCGGUCUCAAACUUCGGGCUCGACAGCUCCUGGGAUUGACUGAUAAUGAUGGAUAAGCCAGAAAUUGUCAUUCUAGUCCACUUCUAUUUGGCGGUCUCACGCCCAAAUCACUUAAAUGUGAGCCGUUUCGCUGUUGGAGUGAACAUGCCCCAUAGCUUGAUCGAUGAACGCCCUUCCACCAUAGUUAAUAUUCCCGACCGCAACCGACCAGACAGCGAGCCCGUGGAAAGUCGAGCUUAGUGCUCAAUGACCAGGGAGUCCGGACUCGAAUCCCAGGCCGCACAAACCUAGAGUUGGGCAUGGCUAGCCGGCGAUGGCUAAUGAACCACGAAUUGCCACCGCAGUCUUACCUGUCGUCGUCAACAUUUCUCCCCGCAGGAGUGUUGUUCACGUGAACUCAUCCAUGCUUGGAAGAAGGUGGGAAUUGCACCUUCUCCUGCAAUAUUUGUUCUUUCGCUCAGGUUCGCAAUAGUAAGAGAUCCGGGUCGAUAAUCUGAGGAAAAUGAAGUACUCACCAGACCGAGGGACUUGUUUGGCUGACGUUCCGAAGAGCUGGGCGGCUCCCCAUUAUCAAAGCGUCUAAUGAAAAAAUCGAUCAGAAUUUUGAAUACACGGCCGCAUUAGUUGGCCUUGGGCUGAUCGAUUUUUUUCUUCUUUCGCUGCCUUGGCCUACUGGCCGUCGCCUGUGAGUGUUGGUGGCCUCCUGUAUUGUGUGUCGUCACCUCAAUUUGGGUUAGUUGCGUUUGCGUCCCCCUUUUGCGUGAAUUGGUCGACAGGCCAUGUUUGCUCGGUAGUCUUAGACUCCGUAUGACCGUCUUGUCUUCGUCACGGCGUAUGCAGUGACGUAGGACUUUAUAGGCCGAAAGAAGGUCUAGAUGUCUGUUGUUGGAGUUGAUGGAGUCCCUCGAUCCGGUGAGCACUUCAUUUUCCUCAGAUUUGUUCUUUCGUUAACACCACAUCUCCCUAACGCAUUCUAAAAGGAUUUUGAGCACUGGCGUUUUUCGCGUCUUUACAGUCCGCCAGCAGCCGGGCUGACUAAAACAUGUUCUUUUCACUACUACGCAAGUUCUAAUUCCCUUAAAUUUGUCCGAGUGGAAGGAUAAGCCAUGCAGCCAGACGGUAACAUUAACACAAACGGAACAUCUCACUGUAAAAAUGGUUCUUUCCAGCUGCAAAGCAGCUAUCGCCGGACUGGCCUUCCGAUCUGGCUUUUUAGUGAGACCAGACGACCAGUUUGCUUUUGCCGAACUAUUCAUGUGGUUGAACUUCUCAGCGAAGGCAGAAAAUCCGCGGUAAUUGCCAUUUGAUUGGUUCGUAGAUGAUUGCCUAUCCUACAUGCACUUGUGACGGCAUCCAUCGUCACUACUUCGGCAGGCAGCCUUUUGCAAUUUAUAAAUUGCGUAAAACCAUUUGGUACGUCAUUCACGCGGAUCGAAGGUCACAGGGCCAGAAACGCGCUCAAGGUCAGCCUCCGCCUCCGGGCCGGCGCAUCACGUGACCGGGUUCUCUUUUUUUAGUAGGCGAGUAAGGACGGUUCAGUUGGGUGGCUGUGCGCCUAAUUGAUGAUGUAGCAGUUCGUCGGGGGGUAUGGCGCAAUACUCCUCAGUGGUUGCUGUUUUCUGAGCGUGCAGACGGAUUGUCUUGGUUGGGACCUCGUAUAGUCGAAUAUUGGCAUUCUGACAGAGCUCACGAUGUCGAUUCCAGCUAAGCAAAGGCUCCGCGCUUAAUUUGUCAGAUCUUCGGUAGAAAGUUCCACCUAGUUGACGGUCGUGUUACUCGGAACCAUCGUCUCUCGGGACUGAGCUGGUAUCUCCGACCGCGAAAGCCGUGUUAAUAAUUGUUCCGUGACUUCAUUUAGAAACCUGCGUACCCGAGACACGUUGAUGGACCCAUUCCCUUACCGACGCACAACAAGGCAAGCUCUAGGAGGUAGUUUCUGAAUAAUGCCGACAAAAGAACACAUCCCUCAUGGACUCCGGAGUUGGCACCACAAACUUCACUCCCCUCGCCGUUCAGUCAAAUCCUUUUUUCCUUGGGGUGGUAGACGCGAAUAAAGUGCAGUAGCCUCAGUAACACGUCAUAAUGCAUCAUGAUCGACCAUAGGAAUUCCCGUGUAAGGGCGACCGUUGCCACGGCAGCCCGCGAGCAGUGGUCUGUUACUUUUUGUGACGGUUUGGGGUUACGAUAGGAUCGCUCUAGUCUGUGGUCACGCUUGGCGUGCCGUGAAGUCAGUCCACUGGCAUGCUGUGGGGAGUCAGUCAUUACAGGCUCGUUCUGAAGUGUUGCUCUCGAAUUAGUGAUCCCCGUAACAGGUGGAUAUCAGUUCUGAAAUUGGCUAAUCAAUGAUGCUCACAGAGUUUCCACUAUCCUUGGUGUCUGUGCACGCAACACGACAUUUCCUUUGUCAUGAAGAUCAGCACGUACCGGUCAGUCCUCCUAUACGGUUAUGAAGGCUGGAGAAGAUGAACAAAAGCUGGAGAUAUUUUGACGCUGCUGCCGCCAGAGAUUUGUUUUUUCGCGCUAGGUACACCAUUUUUUUUUCACACGAGACAGUACGCACUCACUGCAACAACAUUGCGGCAUUAUCUCAGGCCAUUCAAGGAAGACGACAGAGGUGGUUUGGGUGCAUUCUUCGUCGUCCACCUAGUGAGUUCAAUGUUGUUGCUCCCGAUCCGGCGACUUUUCCCACCUGGAGGCAACGCAAGGAUGAGAGGCGAGUCAAGACCUGGCUCGACACAGUUCGUCCAUGCAUGGAAGCGGUUCGUGAACCUUCUGUAUUCGGAGGUGUUUUGACAGAUUUCAAAUAAUUCACUUUGACAAAAUUGUGAAAAACUGGGUGCCAUGGUGGGAUUCUAACCCACGACAGCAAGGGAAGGCGUUAACACAGCCAACGCUCAUACCAUCAGAGCAAUGAGGCACCACCGGGCGACGAAAGUUUAAUCACAUUUGGGUCAAGUUCGCCUGCCCAGCCUACUGCAACGUCUGCAAUCCACCAAAUCUGAUACAGUAAGCUGACUGGCCAAGCAGGAUUUCCCAAGUAAUACAUAUAUAAUCCACCAGAUGACUACCAGGCUUACGGUUGAUAGAAGAGAAAAUAUGUCGAGUUGUCCAGAUUCGGAGCCGCAGAUCGUCAUAUUCAGAGGAUUGCAAUUCGUGGCAUCAUCGAGGCCGGCCAAGUCAGGUAUGAUCAUAGCUGUGCCAAUUACAGGCUCUAGGAGUAUGCGAGCUGCAGUCAUACCCGGAUACAAGUGAAUCACCGCGAUAGACGACCCAUGAGGUAACUGGGUCUGCGGGGUCCAGAAGGAGGACAGAAUGCUGCUUCCACUGGAGUGUCCUGUUGGACUUUUAACGUCAGAAUAGGGGACUGGUUUAUCGUCAGUUUGUUGCGGCCAGCCGGUACUACGCGUGGUUGGGCUGUGUUUGGGGAAGUAGAAUUUCCUUCCUCGCCAUCCAAAGCGCGUUUCCUGUCUACGCAAGUUUCUGAAUUUGGGGUUGCCCAGCAGGAAAGCGGAAUUGCACCCUCAGCCAGUAGAAGGGGAUGCGAUUUCUGCAGCGACACCUAUCGUGGCAUAGCAACUCCUGGGGAUUUGCUCGAGUUCGAGCGAAUUACUUUCGAUGCCACGGAGGCCGUCUUCGUCCUGCGUCGGUGCGGCAGAGACUCUAGGAUUGAAGCCUGUGGCAGUAGAUAGACCGGUGGAACUGGCGGUGUCGGGCACCCGUAGAAGUCGUGUCGCGAAAAAAUGUAGUCUGAACCACAGUCGAGCGUUCACCUAAGCAUGGCCAGAGCAAUCCGUUCCGCUGGCGUCAGCACCACUCAUUGCUUUGGGGGUCUAACGAUAACGUGGGUCGGUGCUGUUGUUGUGUAGAGACUUGCUCCUGCAUGCAAAAACUGCACUCUGUAAAAAAUGAGCACUUAAGUAACAUACCUUUUUCUCAUUGAUCUUCGAUACCCCUAGAAAUUAAAUUGUAUUUCAUGGAAAACAUGUAUAAAAAUAUUCAUUCUUAUACUGAUUCGGUAGAAAAUGGCGUAUUCUUGUAAUUUUCUACUCGAAGGACGACGACUUCUGUCUAUAGACUGAAACCACCUCAUUAUUUCGAUGUACUUGGCAUUGCCAAACUAUCGUUGCUUUGACGAUUUGACUGAUUGCCGAUUUUUUCGACGAGUUCGUUCAUUGUCAGUUGGUUAGACGAGUUCUAGACACCGCGACUAGGGAGUAGUUCGUCGCCGUCGCUUAUAUUCGUUAUUUGUCAUAGAGAAGCUGGAAUGCCCAGACUCCGACGAUCUUUCCGCUGUUCUAACCUACUUCAAGCAGAGCAAUACAUUACCCGGUAACGGUAGAGUACAGGACCCCACGUAGCUGGCAACUCCAAGAUGUGCACUAAAAUUCAGUGCGACUGUACACAUCACUUAUUAUUCACCGUUCCUAUUGGUUGAAAUUCCCUUGCCUUCCGGACUAAAUGUAAACUUACCACCGGCGGUUUAUUUAAAGUCCAUUUUUUGAAAAUUCCUUUUUGUCUAUUUUUUUACUAUUGCUCUCAUUUUCUUUGCCAAAUGACGGCAUACGGUAAAGCUUUUGGCAGAAAUUUAUUUAUUUUCUGUUUUGUCCCACCCGUAAAACCCCCUUUACCACUAUUCAACAUAUGACACGGUCCACAGGCUAGUUAAAGUUAGUUGGAGUCCUACAUCCUACCGUUGCCCGACCGCAUUGCGUCGAAUCUUUCAACAUUGUCUAUCACAAACGGAAUUACCGAGACGUCGCUAAGUUGGUUCUGUCACAUGCCAAUAUGUGUGAAUGUAUGCGCAUUGUAUCUCACAAUUGCAUCGCAUCUCGAAAUAGUAUCUCGCGCUUCACAGCCAGACGGAGGGCUGGAUUACAUCAUAUAGUGCAAUUUCGCAUACCAGUAGCAGGACUCUAUAAACGUUGUCAGGUCGGCUCUUCCACCCGUCAUCAUGCGUGGGACGUAUACGCUUUGUGAGAGUUUACAGAUCCUGUGGGAUUUCUUAAGAAUGCAGAAGUAAGCCUAUCAUCGGGGUGUUUUACAACCGAGCAGUCAUUGUGACUGUGCUUGUCGAACCGAUUGUUCUUUUUCCGCAUCCGAGGCACUCAACCUCUGUCUUUUUCUGUCCAGAUUUCGACUACCCCUCCGAUAUGUUCACCGAGUUCGAGGCAGAUCACCGGCAUCAACCGCUGGAUGAAUGUGACAUCACGCUGACCCUCUCUUCACCCCGCAAACGUCACAACGCCUGCAUGGACCAUGUGCCCGCUCCUUCCUCCGACGCUUUCGCCAUCGACUCGAACCAUAUUCUCGCCCCCAAGCGGCAAUGUUUCGCCAUUUCCGCAAACUACUUGCUAUAG